GUGGGGACGUCCUCCGUGAUCGCAGUCCCCGGGCGAGGCUACCGCUGCUGGGGCCGGGCUGGGUCAGCCCCUCCGCUGACCUUGAGCCAGGGAGUUUCGGAAAGUGUGGCCCGAGCCCCAUCCCGGCUGCCCCGCGGAGUGAGCGGGACUUGGCUCCACUUUCUGAGCCAAGUGAUUACACCAGCAUCGGCUUCAGGGUCAGGCUGAGAUCCUGGUGAUGGCCACUUCCUGGCUCUGUGACCCGGGGCAAGUCACUUAACCUCCCUGACCCUCCUUUUCCUCCCCCGAGAAGUGGGUGAGCGAUACCUGCCCUGCUGGGUCGGUCCGUGGGGGGUUAAAGGAGAUAGAAUGGCAGAGACCUACCUGCCUGGCACUCCUCCUGAGAAGUGGUAGGUAAUGUGAUGACCGCCUCAGCCCCCCCUGGGGCCGUGAGGAGUCAAGCCCCGCUGGGGAAGUAGGCACCUGAGCAGAUGGGGUGGCAGGUUUUUGGGGGUGAAAGAGGAAGGAAGUUGUUUAAAAGUUCCACUGAAGCUAUCAGAGUGUGGCAGAGGCCUAACUCCCUUCUCACCCCUAUCUGGGGACACAUUCCUGAGUUGAGUCAUCGCCACUCCGCCACCCUGGCUGCAGAUUCUGGGCUCUGCCCUCACUUACCAUCUCCAAGGCAAAGGUGUCAGGAACAGGUGGUGGCAGUUGCUGUCCUCCCCUCCCCAUGGGAAGAUGGGCCCAGUGGGAAGCAGGCUUGGUGCUUUAAGGCAGGGAAAGAUUUGGAGCAGUGCCAGCGCCAGGCGGACGAGGUGACGGAAAUCAUGCUCAACAACUUUGACAAGGUCCUGGAGCGCGAUGGGAAACUCUCGGAGCUGGAGCAGCGUUCAGACCAACUCCUGAACAUGAGCUCAGCUUUCAGCAAGACAACCAAGACCCUGGCCCAGAAGAAGCGCUGGGAGAACAUCCGUUGGCGUAUCUACUUGGGGCUGGUGGUGGGCGGUGGCCUGCUCAUCAUCCUGAUUGUGUUGCUGGUCAUCUUUCUCCCACAGAGAAGUGAGGGCAGCAGUGGCCCACAGGCCCAGGACUCAGGUGCUGCCUCAGGGCCUGGGGACUGACCCAGUUGGGCCUGGAGGAGAGGCCGAAUGGCCACACUGGCUGGUUCUGGUCUCCAAAGGACUUUGGCAUUUGCUCCUAUCUGAGCCACCCCAGUGAGCGCCCCAAGGGCAGCCCCGAAGUGUGCACCUCUGCAUCUCCUAUCACGCCACUGGCUGACCCUUGAGGGCAGCCUGCUGCACUGGCCAUGCCAGGCCAGCCCCCCUUGGAACUCAGUAAACGCUGCUGCUUGGUUAAAAA